AGGAGCUGCUCUACAAAAGUGACUGUCAGACACAUCACAAGAGACACUCAUUCUCCUGCUGCUUCUGUCGUGCUGCUACUGGCGAGAACAUGGGUGGAACCCUGCGGACAGUCCUCCUCGUAACAGAGGCUUUGCUUCUGUUUGGUCUGAUGGCAGUUAUCCCUCAAGUCCAAUCAGAAGACUGCCCAUCGACUGGUAUGGGUCCUUUUGAUUACAAACAGGCGCUGUGUAUGUCUUACCUGUUUUACGAAGCUCAGCGAUCUGGGCCACUUCCUGCAGACCAGAGGGUGAAGUGGAGGUGGGACUCCGCCUUGGGAGAUGGCUCAGACGUCGGACAUGACCUCACCGGAGGAUACUAUGAUGCUGGUGAUUUCGUGAAGUUCGGCUUCCCAAUGGCCUUCACAGCCACAGUCCUUGCCUGGGGUUUGGUUGAUUUUGCUGAAGGACAGAAGGCCGCCGGGCAACUGGAGUAUGGUCGAGCGGCUGUCAAAUGGGCUACAGACUACUUCCUCAAGGCACACACCAAUCACUUUGAACUGUAUGGCCAGGUUGGUGACGGCAACGUUGAUCACAUGUACUGGGGGAGACCGGAGGAGAUGACUAUGAACAGACCAGCGUUCAAAAUCACAACCAGCGCCCCAGGAUCAGACUUAGCCGGUGAAGCAGCAGCUGCUCUGGCUGCAGCCUCAAUCGUCUUCAAGGACGUCGACUCUGGUUAUUCAAGCCAGUGCCUGGAAGCAGCGAAGGACUUGUACGACUUUGCAGACCAGUAUCGCCUGACCUACGAUACCUCCAUUCCAGAGGCUGCAGCUUUUUACAAGUCCUUCAGUGGCUACGGUGACGAGCUGUGCUGGGCAGCGCUGUGGCUGUUCAGAGCUACUGGGGACAACUCGUACCUCCAGAAGGCUCGAGGACACUGGGACGAGUUUGGCCUUCAGUAUGGUGGUCCAGGAUUUGGCUGGGAUGAUAAAAAAGGUGGCGUUUAUGCUCUCUACACAAUGCUGGAUUCUGAUGCCCUGUUCCGCGACACCUUUGCUGGCUACCUGAAAAAUAUGAGAGAGAACGUUCCGUUCACUCCUGGCGGCAUGAUCUACCUAGGCGAGUGGGGUUCUGCCCGCAGCGCAGCGAGUGUUGCCUACCUCGGCCUUUUCGCAGCUAAACUGGGUAUUGAUGCUGAUGCUAACAGGGCAUUUGGAGAGAACCAGAUAAACUACAUUCUGGGUUCCAAUGGGCGUUCGUUCGUCGUAGGAUUUGGCAACAACCCACCACAAAAACCACAUCAUCGCUCCAGCUCAUGCCCUGAUAUGCCCCAGACUUGUGAUAAUAGCGCAUUUGAUAAUCCUGGCCCCAAUCCUCAAGUCCUUUAUGGCGCCCUCGUUGGAGGACCUGACCAGAAUGAUGGCUAUGUUGAUGACCGUGGCGAUUACGUUCACAACGAAGUUGCCUGUGACUACAACGCUGGUUUCACGGCGGCUCUGGGUGCCAUGAUAGAAAUCAACAUGAGGAGUUAACUACUAUAGCUAACUGCCACAAGAUCCAUCAGAACAGCCACAACUGAGGCGGUGCUGCAAACAAUGAGGAACAUCUGAAGAACACCCAUCAGCGACGCAUGUGGACGAGUUAGUUCCAUUUCAAUGUAGAUCUGUGUAAACAAGAAA